GUGAACGUUACUCAGAGGAGCUCUGUGAUUGGUCCGGAGGAAACUUCCAAACUCCUCCCCCUCUGCCACCGCAACUUCGGCGGAGUCAGCAGCAAGCCUUCCAACGGCAAGUUUUCGGGCAAAUUAUCAAACCAAGGCCCAGGAAAGCCCGAAAAUGAGUCAGUUUAAGGAGCGCUUCACGACCCUGCUCCAUGAGAAGAACUUGGUUACAGAGCAGUUGGCGAAGCUGGAAGAAAAAACGGGAGUGCAGAGAGAGUAUAUCGCCUUGGGUUUUCUGAGUUUGAUCGGGCUGUAUCUUCUGUUUGGAUAUGGAGCCUCACUGCUCUGCAACCUGAUUGGCUUUGCCUAUCCAGCAUAUUUCUCUAUCAAGGCCAUCGAGAGCAGUGUUAAAGAAGACGACACACAGUGGCUGACCUAUUGGGUUGUUUAUGGACUCUUCAGCAUCGUCGAGGCCUUUUCAGACAUCUUCCUCUUCUGGUUCCCCUUUUACUAUGCUAGCAAGUGUGUGUUCCUGAUUUGGUGUAUGGCUCCAGUGACAUGGAACGGCUCUGAUAUCCUGUACAAGCGCGUGAUCCGUCCAUUUUUCUUGAAACACCAGGCGGCAAUGGACAACAUGGUCAGCGAUCUGAGCAACAAGGCCAAGAACAUAACCGAAACUGUCACAAAGGAGGGUGAGCUAACUGCAGUAUACAUCUGUUAACCGGGCACUUAACCACGACAAGGACCAGUGAGGGACAUGGGAAGGCUUCGUGUGUGUAUGUUUGUGUGUGUGUGUGUGUGCAUGGGUAAUUGAAAGAUUGACUGAAUGUUUUUGUGUCUGUGCAUCUUUUUUCUCUGUGGUUUGUCCCCCCUUCCGUGAGGAGUAAUACUGCCCCCCCUCCAUCUCCGCCGUUACUCCUGAUAACAAAUAAAAGUCUGUUUGUGCGCUUGCAUAUGUUUACUGCCAUCGGUACUGCCAAGACAAUCGGUACAACUGUGACCUUUUUUAUGUGAUUUCUCUGUUGAGUGACACAGUAAGUUUAAAUGCAAUGUUUGAAUGCUUAAGUCAUGAAUAUGUACCUGCAGGUUUCACCUGGGUAUGUUUAGAAUCUUAUUUUGUCCAAUCGAGCCUUGGAAAUGAUGAAAAAACUGAGUCUAAUAAUAAAACAGUUUGUUCCCAGCAUUUUCUAACACUAUUACUGAAAACUGGAACUUUACUUAUUCUUGAAUAUGCCAAGCAGCAUUUUAAGUCUGUUUGAACUGGGGAGGGUUCUAUAUCUAAGUUUAACUGGAUGGCUUACAUCUUUUGAUAUGUCUUAAUUUAUCUCCUCUGAAGGAUGAAACAAUAAAACUGGAACCCUAUGAACUGAA